CCGGAGGCGGCUGUUGAAUCUGUCGUUCCGAACGCACAGGUCCGCCGCGGCGGGCGGACUUAGAAGGGGCGGGGUGGUCGGGGCGGUGGUUGGACCACAGGCCGGGGAAUUGGCGGAGAUUUGCAGUAACUUGAGCCCUGGAAUGCGUGCUUACAGAAGGGAAAGGUGUCCGUGGUGCGGAGCGGGGCUGGUGGAGAGGGGGUGAAUGUGCCGGUUGGAAACUAAAGGACGGAAAGCGCUCCCGCCCUCUGCCCAGACGAGCGUUUCCCGCGGGCCCGCGGCCGCCUCCGGACGGUCCGGAGAGAACAUGGCGGCCCCCGGAGCCCGGGGCUGCAGCCUCUCGGGCCUGCUCCCGGCCCAGACCUCGCUGGAGUACGCCCUGCUCGACGCCGUCACCCAGGAGGAGAAGAACAGCCUGGUCUACCAGUAUCUGCAGAAGGUGGACGGCUGGGAGCAGGACUUGUCAGUGCCCGAGUUCCCGGAAGGAUUAGAAUGGCUGAACACAGAAGGGCCUAUUUCUGUCUACAAGGAUCUCUGUGGAAAAGUGGUCAUCCUUGAUUUCUUCACCUACUGCUGCAUAAACUGUAUUCACCUACUGCCUGAUCUCCAUGCUUUAGAACACAACUACUCUGAUAAAGAUGGUCUUCUGAUUGUUGGUGUUCACUCGGCUAAGUUUCCAAAUGAGAAAGUGCUGGAUAACAUUAAGAGUGCUGUUCUUCGAUAUGACAUCACCCACCCUGUGGUUAACGAUGCAGAUGCCAGCCUUUGGCAAGAACUGGAAGUUUCCUGCUGGCCAACUGUGGUCAUACUUGGACCCCGUGGAAACAUGUUGUUUUCUUUGAUUGGAGAGGGACACAAAGAUAAAUUGUUUUUGUAUACUUCAGUAGCUUUAAAGUAUUACAGAGACAGAGGACAGAUCAGAGAUAAUAAAAUUGGAAUAAAACUCUAUAAAGAUUCUUUGCCACCUUCACCAUUGCUAUUUCCUGGCAAAGUCACAGUAGACCAUGUUUCUAAGAGAUUGGUAAUAGCAGAUACUGGACAUCAUAGAAUUUUGGUUGUCAGGAAGAAUGGACAAAUUCAGUACAGCAUUGGAGGACCCAAUCCUGGAAGAAAAGAUGGAAUAUUUUCAGAGUCAACUUUCAAUUCACCACAGGGUGUAGCCAUAAGGGACAAUAUCAUAUAUGUGGCAGAUACUGAAAACCACCUUAUAAGAAAGAUUGACCUGGAAGCUGAGAUGGUGAGCACCGUCGCCGGCAUCGGGAUUCAAGGCACAGAUAAAGAAGGUGGAGCUCAAGGAGAGCAGCAGCCCAUUAGCUCCCCGUGGGAUGUCGUUUGGGGGUCAUCAGGUUCCGAGGUCCAAAGAGAUGCCAUUCUGUGGAUAGCCAUGGCAGGGACUCAUCAGAUCUGGGCACUGCUGUUGGACUGCUGCCGACUACCAAAGAAAACUGAGUUAAAAAAAGGAGCCUGCCUUCGGUUUGCAGGAAGUGGAAAUGAAGAGAAUCGAAAUAAUGCGUACCCUCACAAGGCGGGGUUCGCCCAGCCCUCAGGUCUCUCUCUGGCCGCAGAAGAACCCUGGAGCUGCCUGUUUGUAGCCGACAGUGAGAGCAGCACCGUGAGAGCCGUCUCGCUGAAAGACGGAGCCGUGAGGCACCUCGUGGGAGGAGAAAGAGAUCCCACGAAUUUAUUUGCUUUUGGCGAUGUUGAUGGAGUAGGAAUCGGUGCGAAACUUCAGCACCCACUGGGAGCAGCGUGGGACAAGAAAAGGCAGCUGCUCUAUGUGGCCGACUCGUACAAUCACAAGAUUAAAGUUGUGGAUCCAAAAACAAAACACUGUACAACAUUAGCAGGAACUGGAGACAUAAGUAACAUCAGUUCCAGUUUUUCCGAGUCAACUUUUAAUGAACCAGGAGGCUUGUGUGUUGGAGAAGAUGGCCAGUUAUUAUACGUAGCGGACACGAAUAAUCAUCAAAUUAAGGUGAUGGAUUUGGAAACAAAGACGGUUUCUGUGUUCCCUGUCUCCGGAUCUGGAAACGCUGUGGUGGAUGGCCCAAUCCUAGAAGGAGAACAGAAGACAGUACCCAAACUACCAAAAUCAGCUCCAACCAUUCAGCUCUGCCCCUUGUCUGCAGCUCCAGGACAGACUGUGCAGUUCCAGCUGCGACUAGACCUCCCGGCGGGAGCGAAGCUCACCGAAGGGGCACCCAGUUGCUGGUUUCUAACAGCUGAAAGCAAUGAAUGGCUUCUUCAAGGACAGAUGCCAUCUGGAGAAAUAGAAAGUAUCUCCAAUCAGCCAGCCAUCUCACUGCAGAUUCCUGGGGAUUGCUUGUCACCCGAAGCGGUUGUAUCUAUCAGCGCGUUUCUUUAUUACUGUAGCGCGGACAGCAGCGCCUGUAUGAUGAAGGGGAUUCUGUUCAGGCAGCCUUUACAGAUCACCGAUGCACAGCCAGGAUGCACAGCUCCAGUGGAGCUCAAGUACGUGUUCUAGCUAGUGGCUAGCAGCCGGGCUCGGCCGCCGCCUGUCUCCAUCCUCACCAUCACUGCACUUACGACAAGAAACUUGACUCCUGCCUCUGGAUACCAAGAAACCCACUGCUCAGUUCUAGCAGCUGAUGUUAAAGUACAGCUAGGCUCCUUAUUUAAUUAUUUAUUUAAACAAAUUCCUUCAUUCUGGGUGUGUACCAGCUAAGUCACUGACCAUCAUCUGAACCAUGAUGUUGUAAUCUAUGCUGCUAUUUGGCACAUGACGUAAGUCCACACUUACAGAAUAUAUUAUCAUGAGAUAAUUUGCAUUGAUUACUGGUAACAGUAAUGAUACCAAAUAUUUUAACUAAUUUUUCCUGCCGUUAUUAAUAGCAAGCAGCACAUUUGAAUGUGUACAUUUCACAAAACUUUAAAGAGAAGCCAAGAUCCAGUCCAUGUGUUGGUGUAAAGACAUCUGACAUUCAGGCAUAGGUCUGUUCUCAGCCUCUCCGCCCCAGAGUCUCAUCACAGUAGAAGCUGAGAGAGCUCCUGGGUGGUGAAUGUGCUUAUUGUCUCUUCUCUGGUUUUCUCAGUUGAGAUACGUUGAAAAGAGAAUUUGUUUUGAUGAUGUUAUUUGCUAUUCUAACUUACCAUUAUUAAUGCCUUUAUUAUGCUAUACAGAAAAGUCUCUAAGGACAUACACUCGCUUAACUGUUUUCUGAAUGAACAAUUCUACCAGAUAAUGAACAAGUCCUCAGGAACAGGACUUUCAAGGAGAAAGGGACUUAGGGACAUAUUACUGGGUCCUAUUUAAUGAUAAAGAACUGUGACAGCGGAACCUGAUGUAAAUGGAUCUGUAUGUUUUAG